AUGUUAAUUAUAAAUAUAAGAACCUAAAUUUAAGGAAUAUUUAGAAUUUUAAACUAAAAUAAAUCAAAUAAUGUAGAUUUUUUGAUUGAUGAUUGUAUUUAUUUGGAAUUUAUGGAUGGAACAUUACAUUUAUCAAUUAUCUAUAUAGAUUUGCUUUUAUCGAAAAUGAAAAUAAAGAGAAAAAAUUUAUAGUUAAUAGGAAUUACCUCUUAAAAUUAGCAGAGUAUUAUAAAUAUAUAUUUAAAUAUUUAGUGUCUAUAAUGAAAGAUCAAAGGAAUACUUUAAAUAAGAGAAUUGUGAUGCAUAUGCUAAUAUAACUGCAGAUGAAUAUAAUGAAAAAUAAAUUAUAGAUAUGGAAUAGGAAAUUCUAUAAUUUUUAGAUAAUUACUUUUUCUUAAAUUCUUAUUCUUUCAUAAUAACUAUAAUUUAAUUUACAGAAAUCCAAUUUAAUUUUAAAAAAUAAUAAAUUCAAAAUUUAAAUUUUCAACAUAAUUAUUAUCUUACUUUUUCUGUGA